CUCGCUGAUUGGCUGCGGGAACGCACGCUCCUCUUGUCCUGCGCCGCGGUUCUCUUUCAGGUCGCGAGCGCGACUCGCCUCCGCCGUUUUCCUGUGGGAGCUGCGGCGGGCCCCGGGGAGGUGGUGGGGCCUGCUCGGUCCGGGCCGCGUGAUGGGCGGCGGGGCUGCUGCGCUGUUGUGGAACCAGGAGGACGCGGCCUUUAUGAACCCUUCAGCAUAUUUCUGAAUUUCAACUUCAAAAACAUAUGAACUGUGGGUAAAAGUUUCAGAGUAGCAGCUGUGUUAGUCUGUAUCCACAAAAAGAACAGGAGUACUUGUGGCACCUUAGAGACUAACAAAUUUAUUUGAGCAUAAACUUUCGUGGGCUACAGCCCACUUCAUCGGAUGCAUAGAAUGGAACAUAUAGUAAGGAGAUAUAUAUACACAUGCUGAGAACAUGAAAAGGUGAGAGUUGCCCUACCAAACAAUCCUUUACGUGUAGUUUUGAAAGAAAUUAUAACUGACCAUUUAUUCUUUGGCUAAUUGGCUUCUUUUCUUUCAUGAAUUUUUUUUAUUUCACGUGAGAUACUGUUUCCUUCAGAGGAGGUCUAGGAUUUGUGGUCUUCAUGGACCAGAUAUGUUCUGAGGAAUGGCUUGAAGGAGAAGGGGAUUGAGGUAUGAUGUAUGAUGUUCGGAAGUGGAUUCUGGACUCCUGUUGGACCUUCCUGAAAAUGUCUGUCAUUCCUCCAUUCACAGCUCCUUUGAGUCCCUCUUCUAAAUACCAACACAGAUAAAUUCUUAUGGUAUGCCUGUACUGCAAAAAGAAAAUAAAUCCAAAACCCUGUGGCAGUGAGUCUUAAAGCCUGGGUCAACUGAUUCAGGUUUGGGGUAAGAGCUGUCCAAUGUAGUCAUGGCUCGAGAACGAAAAUGCAUACUAUGUCACAUCGUGUACAGCUCAAAAAAGGAGAUGGAUGAACACAUGAGAAGCAUGCUUCACCACAGAGAACUUGAAAAUCUGAAAGGAAGGGACAGCAACCACAAGUGCCAGGUGUGCAGGGUGACAGUGGUGGGCUUGUCGGCAUAUGCCAAGCACAUCUCCAGCCAGCUGCACAAAGACAAUAUCGAUGCCCACGACAGAGAGGAAGAUGAAGGGAAAGAAGAGGCUGAUGAAGAGUACUUUGACAAGGAACUAAUUCAACUAAUCAAACAAAGGAAGGAACAGAACCGGCAAGUUGAAGCUUGCUGUAGAAACCAAGAAAUAGAACCCGAUGAUAGGAGACCACAGAGAAGGCGAGAAGAAAGAGCUGUUUAUAAAGACAGAGAAACUUAUGAUCCAUCCUUGUGGCACCAUCAUGGCCCAUCUCAGAGGGACUGGAAAUGGGAAAAUGAUGGCUUUAUGAAUCCUAGGCAAGGCAAAUUCCCACAUUCUAUAAAGAACCCUAAUGCAGACCGGCACUUCAGUGGUCCCAGGGGAUUCUCGGGAUGGCAUCAAAAUGGUUCUGCAGGCCUUUCAGGUCAACAUGAUAACCAUGGGAAUUCUGGAGGUGUUUGGCAUCCAAAUGCAGGAGGAGAAAUGUCAAAAUGGUAUCAAGAUGUCAAAGGAAGAAAUUCCAACUGGCAUUCUGAAGGAACAGGUGACUUUUCUAUUUGGCAUUCUAAAAACUCAGCAAGAAACUGGAAAUCCAAUCCUCAGGGUGCCGAUGGCUGGAAUUUUGGUGGCACAGGGGACACACAUCCACUGGAAAGAAAUAGAACUGCAAAUUCUAGUUCCCACACAGAAGAUGGGAGUGUUGCAUGGAAAAAAAACCCCAUUAAAUAUAACCAGGAAAGGUAUACACGGCAGUGGCAGGCAAAUGACCAAUUGGAUUUUACUAGUGAUAAACUCCCUCCAGUGGGGGCACUGGAUUUCAGUAUUUCUGAACAACCAGAGAGUAAAAUGUCCAAGAUGAAUGGAAAGAGUGGCAGCACUUCCAAAGAUAAAAUUCAUCGCUGGACUCCUUACCCCUCCCAGAAAGCUACAGACCAGCAGCCAUGGUCUGAAGAGAAUGUUCCUAAAACUUCAGAGAAAAAAGAUUCUGUAUCUCUACCUUUUCUCGAGACACCCAUGAAAGGGAUGGAUCUUGAAAUAGAUGCAACAAGCCUCCCAAAACUGAUAACGUGGGAAGAGACCCUUUUAAACCACCCCUGUUACAAGGCCACUGCUGACCAACAUGAAUCUUGCAAGGUGAAUGCAGACUGCCCCAGUGGAGGAAGACCUGACCAAGAGGAGGGCAGAAGUAACAGGAUGCCAUCACUGAAAUCCCCUCUCCUGGUUAUUCCAGAUAUGAAGUUAUCUUCCCAAAAGCAAGAUCCAAAGGAUCUCUUGAAAAAUGUCAAGCUUCUAUUAUCCUCAUCCCCUGGAGAACUCCAGAACCAUUCGAAUGCACUAAACUUAGAAACUAACCGUUCCUCUUCUUAUGUAUCCAAGUUGCGCAGUGCUUGUAGCUUAAGAAGUAGCAGAGAUGUGCUUGACAGAAGUCAGAGACAGCCUAUUGAUAGCCUAAGUGAAGAACUACGAAAAGCCAAAGAAGAGUUGCAAUCCAAUCUUUCUCUGCAAAAUCCUUACUUAAGUUCAUAUAGAGAUACAGAGAGUGAUCUAAAUGGUGGUCGGAAUAUAGAGGAACCCAGGAAAGGUUCUUCAAAGACUAAUGAGCUUAGAGUUGAUACAUUAGAGGAUGUAAGUGAAGAGUGUGAAAAGGCUGAAGCAAGGGUUGAAAAGCUACGUCCUUUUAUUAAUACUUGUUCACCGUGUGACCCUCAGGAGUGUGAACAUGUUACCACCAGAAAGGAAGGUGACACAGAAGCAUCAGGCAAACUUCCCGAUUCAAGUAUUAUAACUGAGAAGCAAAAAGAUUCUGAAUUUCAAAUGGAGUCAGUGAACCCAUCAAGCCUUCAAAACAAUUUAAGUGAUGAGCUGAAAACCUCUCAGGAAGGGAAAGGUGAAGAUCCUAUCAAAUCAAAUCAUCAUUUUGAUAUGGAAGGCUUUGAAAACAGUUUAGAUCAUGAACUGCAAAAAGGAGGUGGUGGCCAACCUUCAGGCCCUCUUCUUCCUGAAUUAAGUAAACUUGGCCUCCCUGCUUCCCUCCAAAGAGAUCUGACACGACAUAUCAGUUUGAAGAGUAAAGUUGGGGCACAUCUUCCUGAGCCCAACCUCAACAAUGCACGACGUAUUCGAAAUGUUAGUGGUCAUCGAAAGAAUGAGACUGAGAAGGAGUCUGGACUUAAACCAACCCUGAGGCAGAUUCUUAGUGCAUCCCGAAGAAACAUAAACUGGGAACAGGUCAUCCAGCAAGUAACAAAGAAGAAACAGGAGCUUGGCAAGGGUUUACCAAGGUUUGGCAUAGAGAUGGUACCCCUUGUUCAGAACGAACAGGAAGGUCUUGAUUUGGGUGAAGAACCUGAGCUGUCCAGCCUAGAAGGAUUCCAAUGGGAAGGGAUUUCCAUUGCAGUAUCUGGAUCAGCUAGGAAACGCAGCCUCUCCGAAAGCAGUGUUGUUGUGGACAGGACUGCUUCUGUUUAUGGAUUCUUCAGUGACCAAGCCACAACAAAGGAAAGUGAGCAAAAGCAAAUCAUUCCAGCCUGCCAUUCACAUUUUAUAGCACCUAUAUAUAAAACAAGUGCUGAUAAUGUGGCCGACUUCAAACAAGAGACAUCCUCUCUCCCUUCAUCACCAUUCAUGUCUGAAAGAACUGAAACUCUUAUCAACGGAAGGAGACACAGCCUACAUAUGCCCUCUGAUGUUACAAGCCUCACAGUAUUUACCACUAAACAAGAUAAGGAGAGCCCAGAAUGUAGAAUACCAUUUCUUGAAAACAAAAAUGCAUUAGAGCUCACAGGAGAGGGAAACAUUUUGGCUUCAAAUGGAGCUUCAGUGCAUGCAGGAUCAAACUCUGUAGAUGCAGCUACAGACAGCAGUUGUACAUCUGGUACUGAGCAGAAUGACAGCCAGGGAAUUGGAAAGAAAAGAAGAGCAACUGGAGAGGGAUCAUCUCCUGAAAUCCCAAGUCUAGAAACAAAGAAUAAAAGAAGGAAAAUUAAAGGCAAAAAAGAGCGUUCUCAGGUAGACCAGUUGUUGUCUAUUUCCCUGAGAGAAGAAGAGUUGAACAAGUCACUGCAUUGUGUGGAUGACCGCCUCUUGCAGGCUCGGGCUGCUCUGCAGGCAGCCUAUGUUGAAGUUCAACGAUUCCUUGUAUUGAAACAGCAGAUAACAAUGGAGAUGAGCGCAUUGAGGAGUCAGAGAAUUCAGAUCCUGCAGGGGCUACAAGAAACCUAUGAACCUCCUGAGAGGUCAGAACAGCUCACCUGCAGCAUCUCAGAUGAAAGAAGAAUUGGCAGAUCCAUGACAACAGCUGAUCUAGCUCUUCCUCCUUCAGGUCACUUCUUCCCCCUUUUGGAGACUUCUUCAUGUCUCUCCUCCCACACAUCCCCUUCUGGUACUCCCUUGGGAGCCUCUCUCCGAGUGAGCACCCCACCUGUGUUCCAAACCCCUAGUACUAUCACAGCCAGCAUUGUUCCUGAUUCAUCAAUGCAAAUUAAACAAGAACCUAUGUCUCCAGAGCGUGGAGAAGAAAGUGUGAAUACAGUCCUCCAUGGCUCUGUGUGCACUCCACAAGCAGAACUGCAGCAGAAGGAUGUAGAUAUCAGCCAGAAAACUUCUGUGUAUCCAGUUAUCUCCGCAAUCAUGUCCUUGUCAGAGCUGACUACUUGUUUCCAACAGACUAAUCAAGAUGUUCACAAGUCUGCUACAGAUAAGGGGCGGACCAUAGUAUCUGGGAACCCUUCCCCUUCACAAUCACCAUCUAUUCUCAACAAACAAAAAGGAGCGAUUGAAACCGUGACUGAAAUCACUUUACCAGAACAGCGUAGCAGCUCCCUUGCAAAUCAGUCUCUCUCUUUAGAAACACCUUUGGACAAAGAUCCCAAACUACCAGCAGAACAGCCUGAGCAUCCGGCAGAAUCCACUCUGGUCUCUGCAGAGAACAAAGGAAAAAAGAGAAGGAAAAAGCUAAGGAAAAAGAAAACAUUGCGAGCAGCCCAUGUGCCUGAGAACAGUGACACAGAACAGGAUGUUAUUGACUCUAAACCUAUUCGGAAAGUCAAGAGCGGGAAGGUGCCCACUGGGGGAAAGGUUACUACAUCCACCCUUCUAAGACAGGAGGAUGGGGGCACUCAUGAAGUAGACAGGAACAAAGAUGAUAAUGAGAGUGAUGCCUCUCUGGAAUUAGUAGAAACUGCAAACCCCCAGUUUGAGGUGGUGGCCAUCAACUCAUCAGAGUCAGGAGAUGAGAAACCAGACAGCCCAUCUAAGAGGGACACCAUGAAAUCCUCGGAGCAAACUUUAAUGGAGGCAUCUCGCUCUGGUUAUGAUGAAGUGAGCUCCACCAGUGAGAUUGGCACAAAUUAUAGGGAUGGCAUCAAUAGCAGUAUGGCUGAGACUCUCCCUUCUAGAUCACCAAUGAGAUGUUCAAAGAACUCCUCAGAAGUGUCUUCAGAGCCAGGUGAGGAUGAAGAACCUACGGAGGGGAGCUUUGAGGGACACCAAGCUGCAGUGAAUGCUAUUCAGAUAUUUGGGAGUGUGCUUUACACCUGCUCAGCAGACAAAAGUGUCCGUGCCUACAAUCUGGUUAACAGGAAAUGUGUGGGUGUCUUUGAAGGACACACUUCCAAAGUGAACUGUCUCCUGGUUACUCAAACAAGUGGGAAGAAUGCAGCCCUCUACACUGGCUCUAGUGACCACACAAUCAACUGUUACAAUAUCAAGACCAGGGAGUGCAUGGAGCAAUUGAAAUUGGAAGACCGGGUGCUCUGUCUGCAUAGUAGAUGGCGAAUCCUGUAUGCAGGCCUGGCAAAUGGCAAUGUGGUCACUUUCACCAUAAAGAACAACAAGCAAAUUGAUACCUUUGAAUGUCAUGGCCCUAGAGCAGUCAGCUGUCUAGCCACAGCUCAGGAAGGAGCACGCAAGUUGUUGGUAGUGGGGUCCUAUGACUGUACCAUCAGUGUGCGGGAUGCUCGAAAUGGACUGCUUCUCCGAACUCUUGAAGGUCAUAGCAAAACAAUACUCUGUAUGAAGGUUGUGAAUGAUCUGGUGUUCAGUGGCUCCAGUGACCAAUCUGUCCACGCCCACAAUAUACAUACAGGAGAGUUGGUACGAAUCUAUAAAGGCCAUAAUCAUGCAGUAACUGUUGUGAACAUCUUAGGGAAGGUGAUGGUGACUGCUUGCUUAGAUAAAUUUGUCCGUGUUUAUGAGCUACAGUCUCAUGACCGUUUGCAAGUCUACGGAGGACACACAGAUAUGAUCAUGUGCAUGACUAUUCAUAAGAGCAUGAUCUACACUGGCUGCUACGAUGGCAGCGUCCAAGCUGUGCGGCUUAACCUGAUGCAGAAUUACCGUUGCUGGUGGCAUGGAUGUUCACUGAUAUUUGGAGUUGUGGACCACCUGAAACAACACUUGCUAACAGAUCACACCAACCCACAUUUUCAGACCCUAAAAUGUCGCUGGAAGAACUGCGAUGCCUUCUUCACUUCCAGGAAAGGUUCCAAGCAGGAUGCUGCAGGACACAUUGAAAGACAUGCCAAGGAUGACAGCAGAAUCGACUCAUGAAGCUUUUCACCUCCCAUAUUGGGAAGUAAUUUUAUACAUCAGAACUAUUCCAUACAUCAUUCACCUCUUGUCCCGUCCUCUUUCCUCCUCCUUUUCCUCCUUGGAGUGGAAAAAGGGAGUGGAGCCUAACUGCCGUACUACAGAGACUGCAUUUCACAUGCAACUCUGUAGAAAUGGGAGCGGCCCAUUAACUUUCAGACCAAACCGUGUUCAGUUUUUAUUCAUCAGAAGACACUAUGAGCAUCCCCUCUUGUGUGCCCAUUUGAAGUGCAUUCUGUGCAUCUAAGAUUGGGCAUUCAGAGGGUUAUUCUGACUGAGAUAAAACUAGGUGCCAGCAUUCAAUAACACCUUCAAAUGUGCAAGGAUUUAACCAAGGCGAGUAGUGUUCAACUGUUUCAUGUUGUAUGCAAAUCCCACACAUGCUUUCAUUUUUUAGCCAAUUUUAAUAAAAUAUUUCUAACUAGAAAGACACAAGUUCCACAGAGAGUUAGCACUGAAUUUCCAUUACAAAUGUUGGCUGUCCUCAUAAAACUAUAUAGUAUUUUAAUGGGAAACUGGAAUUAAGUGGUUCCUUUUUUUUUUUAAUGUUGACUGCAAUUUAUGCUUUGACAUUUUGAUUAUUCUUUGUUUAAAGGUUGCUCUGAUUGGUAAAAUGCACAGUGACUGACUGGAUUUCACUGUCCUGCACAUUACAUUCUCUAAGGAGAUUUGUGAUGAGGGCAGACACUUUUUUGAGAGGUGUUGAAGCCGCAAAGCAGCCUGACUUCUUCCUUCAUACACCCACUUAGUGAUCUCUAACAAAUUAAAAGACUAGGUCCCUUAGUGGCAGACGGUACAGAGAGUAAUGCCAGCUUUGUAUUUUGCAUUUUGACAACUACUACAGUCUUGAUACACAAGAGCUGGAUUCCUGAUUUUUGGUAGUUUAUUUUGGCAGAUUUCAUAACUUAUUUUAGUUGAGAUCUCACAUAGAAUUUUGUUGACUGGCACUGCAAUCCUGUCUCUUUAUGAAAGUCAGUUUACUGAGCAGAUGCACAGGCACCACAUGUCUGAAUACAGCCAUUUUGGUGUUGCUCUGUUUCCAGUGUAAACUGACUUUAUUUGCAUCAGCUUCGCAGUCACUCGAGUUUAUCAUGGAAGUGUGCAACAGAGAGCUGCUGGGUGUGGAGCAGGAUUUUAGAGUCCAAGGAUCUCAAGCAGAAGCUGAGGGUACAAAGUGCAUAUAAUCUGUAGGAGACUUCAUUCUACGAAUGCUUUUAAGAUACCGCAAACUGCCAUAAAGGGAAGGCCAUGCUUAUUGUUUCCAGUGGUCUGAUUUGCUCCUUACUUACUCCUGUGGGGGACUGAAAUCUCAUUUGUCCAGCAGGAACUGCAAAAUAGAAAAGGCUGUUUGUGGGAUUGGUCCCUCCCCGCCCCCAUCCUUUCCCUAUUCCCCACACACCUUCUAGGUCAUGAGACUAAGUGAAGGUAGCAAAGGGUGAUCUUCCCUCCCUUUUAAUACCAGCUCAGUACAGGAAAGUAAGAGUUCUCACUAGAUAUGCAAAGAAGGGAAAAAGAAACCUAGUGGCAGAAACUGCUUUUUCCAUAGGCAAGUCCAGAACCUGCUGAAGAGGUUGAAUAUGUUCAGAGUUUCAUCUAGUGUCUCUUCAGUUACUGAGGUCAAGGCUUAAAUAUUCCUAAUGCAGAUUAAUGUAAUGUUAUAGCCUUGCUUUUUGGUAAUGGAGAAACCUUUUUGUUCACCAACGUGCUUGAGGAAAGCCUGCUACUAAAUCAAAGACUUUGAGUCUCUGAAGGUCAUCCUUUUCAUUGAGUCUCUGAAGGUCAUCCUUUUAUGUUGUCUGGCAGAGGGGUGAAAAAUCUCUGUAGUUACACAAAAUCAGUAUUUUUCUUGUAUCUCUUUAACUUUCGCAAUGGAAUAAAGUGCCCACCUUAUUUCCUGAGCUGUAGGAGUCCUCAUGGUUCAAAGACUUUUAAAGAAAUAGGUUCCUAAUGAUUGAUAAUUUUUUUUUCUUUUGUGAAAAGAUUUCUCCAAAGAAAAGCAGAGAAUUGCACUGGGAGCCUUGCUGUGGCCUAUGGAUGGAGUACUUUAAGUGCCAGUCUAAUUCAAGGAGCUCUCUGAGCAGUGUAAUUUGUGUGUGCGCGCGGUGGGAUUUUUUGGCAACUCAAUCUUAAAGCAGAAGGCUGUGGAAGGCUUACAAAACACCUCCUAAACCACUGACAUUCAGGAGCUUUCACACAAUAGGAAAGUGGCAUGCAAAGGUGUGGAAGAAACAAUGUGAAUUUUUUAGGAUAUUCUUAGCAGAAUGUGAUUUGAAGCGAAGGUACAGAGCCAUGUGUAUUAAGGACAAGCUUGUGGAGUGCAUUUUGAGGACUGGUGUGCGUGUGCAUUUUAUUACUUUUCCUUGUGGUAGGUACUUUGCACUGUUUCCCCAUUUCUUUAAUAUGUUGGGAGACUGUCAAUGACUGUGUUUGCAAGAAUGUGUGAAUGUUCUUUGCACUAUAUUAAGUAUUGCAAGAUAUGCCGUUCUCACACUUUUCAUUUGUGUUCCUGACUACUUUUAUAAGGGGCGGCGGGGGGUGCUUAAAGUUAGAUGAGAGCGAACAAAGAUUUCCAACUCUUUUUAGUUAAUUUCAAGACAUCUGAAAUCUUUUCUUUGGUUAACCUUUUUAAACUAUACACCCAGUGUAGUUGGAAUUGAUGAAAUGUAGCCUUCUAUUAUGCCAGAAGGAGAGAACUAACAGUGAUUCCCAUCUGGGUGCCUAUGUUUGGUAGCUUACAAAGAAACAGAUGUUGAUUAAAUAUUAGAAUUAGUGGUGGUCAGGGGAAAUUAUGUAGGUGGAUGAGCUUUACAAAAGUUUUAGCAGCAUAUUCAUAAGUUGUCUGUAGUUACUUUUGGGGUUCAGAGAAAAAGGUUAUACCAUUUUGCUGCAUCGCAGCAAAUUUCCAUGAGAGCCCUAAGCCACAAAGCUGCCAUGAAGAUCUGAACUUCCCCAAAGUUGAGGGGCAUUUGGAUAUGGGGUUCAGUUUUGGGCCCAUCUGUAUUAUCCACUUUCCUACCUGUUCAACUGGAAAUCUGGGUGGAUUUAAUUAAUGACCACUUGGUUCUUCCAGGCACUAAGAAAAUUGCAGGGACAGUAGUUGGUAAAUUAAUUUUUCAUUAGGUCUUUAAAUUUAAAAUCUGGAUUUAUUAGGCAAAUUUGGUCCCCGAUCCCUGAACCCACACAGGAGUCUGACAUCUGGCAUUCCUCCACUCAAAGAACUACUAGAAAUUUGUCUUGGGAAAGGGGAAUAUUUGUUGGAAGAAUAGAUGUCUCUAGGAAAGUAAUACUACACAUCUGAAGCAGUGUUCAAGACUGUUUGUAUUUGGCUUUUCUUGAAAGGAAAGAGUUAAAAAUAAAGUAACUAGAGGAAAGUGGGGCUUUAUUUUUAUUUUUUCUUAUAUAUUGGCUAAGGGCUGUGUAUGGUGUAUAACUAAAAUAUGAUGGUCUUGUUGGAGUGCAUAGCACCACUCCCUGCCGCCGCCGCCCCCCCCUUACCCCCAACAAUACUGAUAUUUUGCUUAUGCCAUGACCAUGUUUAGUUGGGUGUAAGUGCUCAGAACAUGAUCGUGUUGUGGUAACAUAGGAAAUAGGUUAUGUAUCACAGAAGAUAAUCUUCAGGAAACCUUUCCAUUGUAAAUCUUUUUUUUUUUUUUUUUUUAAGAAUCUGGGAAUUCCACAUGAUGUUUGCCCACUCCACCUCCAAUCACAAGGAGGCGAGAAUAAAUGGAGUAGCUCUAAAAGGUGUUACCAUCUUCUAGCUAUAUCCCAAAUUACAAUUUAUUUGUUCUCAGAAAACAGCAGUUGAAUUGGUAGAUACAUUAUCAAUAUUGUUGCUUUUCAGUCAUCUUUUCCCCUCCCAAUUGCAGGGCCUUAAUGGAAGAAAUGGUAGCUAGUUGAUGAUGGUUUAGUGUUUCUCACCCCCGCCCCCCAAGAUGCCUUAAUUACUGAGCUGUGGUCAGCAAGGACCAUUUUCGAGGUAGAUGGGGGAUUUUUCAGUUCAUUGAUAUAAAAAUGCAUUAAAUACCCCAGCUUCUGUUUGCCUUCUUGUGGCAAGUGUUUAGAAUGCAGACUUCAAAAAUGCGUGGUCAAAAUAUAAGAUGAUAAAUGGAAUUUGUUGUCAAAGCCUGUUGCUAAACAGCACAAGUUUGGCUGCAAAGUUUUCUGUGCAUAUUUGCAGACCUUCACACUGCAACGCUGCUGGAUCAAAACAAACAAAGAAAACAACAAAACCUAUAAAUGCAAAUCAAGUUCUAGCAAACAUUGGAUUCCUGUGGAUAAAUCUGUGGUCAUGACAGGAUGACUUCCCUUUUGUGACUAAACACAAAUACUAGAUGAAAUUUAAGAUGUUUUCAGGUAUGUAUGGUACUACCGCCUGGACAUAGUCUAGAUAGUCCCAAAUUGUAGAAUAUGCAAGCAAGAUUAUUGAAAUUGUUUCAGUUAUUGUUUGUAAAAUAUUUAUUAGUAAAAAUAAAAAGCAAACUGUA